AUUUAAUAUUUUGUUUGUCAUUAAUUGUAACGAUAAAGGCUGGAGCUUUUGCGUUUUGAAUUACUGUGUCAAUGAAUGUUAUGCGUUCCAUCGAUUACAAGCAGCACUAUCACAAACAAUUUCUUUUAUCGAUAAAUUGAUUGAAGUACAUCGCUAUAUUUCUAGAACUUGCAAAGAAAAGCCGAUAAAACAAUAAAAAAAUUGCAUUGCCAAAAUGGUUGAUUAUAGCAAAUGGAAAAACAUUGAGAUUUCCGAUGAUGAGGACGAAACACAUCCUAACAUUGACACGCCUUCGCUGUUCCGCUGGCGACACCAGGCUCGAGUCGAACGCAUGGCCGAAUCGGAGAAGGAAAAAGAAGAAUUGAAGAAAAAGAGACAGAGCUUCCAAGCACGUCUUAUUGAUGUAAAGGAGCGCAUCAGCAAAAAAGACGGUGACGAGGCGGCUCUUCAGUUAGAAUUGGAAAAGAUUGAAAACGAAGGAAAAGCGCUCGAUCGUUAUGAAAGUGAGCUGGCGAAGAAAGAGAAAAAAACUCCUUGGAAUGUGGAUACAAUAAGUAAACCGGGCUUCGAAAAGACUGUGAUCAACACGAAGCCUGCACGCACUGCAGAUGAAAACUUGACUGAAGAGGAGCGUGAACAGCGCAUGAAACAGUUCGUCAAAAAGAACGAGCAACUGUGCAAACAAUACGGCAUGCUGAGUAAAUAUGACGAUUCCAAGCGCUUCCUACAACAGCAUGUGGAAUUGGUGUGCGAGGAGACAGCCAACUAUUUGGUCAUUUGGUCUAUAAAUUUGGAAAUGGAGAAGAAGCAUGAGCUGAUGGCUCAUGUGGCGCAUCAGUGCAUCUGCAUGCAAUACAUAUUAGAGCUGGCAAAACAGCUAGACAGAGAUCCACGCGCUUGCUUUAGCUCGUUCUUUUCCAAAAUCCAACAAUGUGAUCCUGAGUACCGGCAGCAGUUCGAUAGCGAAAUUGCUGGCUUUAAGGGGCGAAUUCAAAAGCGGGCACAAGAAAAGAUGCAAGAAAUCAUAGCUGAGGUAGAGGAGGAGGAGAAACAGCAGCGCCUGGGACCAGGUGGUCUAGAUCCCGCAGAUGUCUUUGAAUCCCUGCCAGAUGAACUGAAAGCUUGCUUUGAGUCUCGCGACAUUGAGCAGCUGCAGAAGAUUAUUGCCACCAUGCCGGUGGAGGAUGCCAAGUAUCAUAUGAAACGUUGCGUUGACUCUGGACUCUGGGUGCCAAAUGCUGCCGAUGCGCCUCAGGACAAAGAUGAAUCAGAAGCGAAGGUCGACGAUGCGGCUGGCACUGAAACAGCAAAAGCGGAUGCAACGGAGAAAGAUAAGUCAAAAUCUACCAAGGAGGAGCCAAUCUAUGCUGGCGUUAGCAGCGAUGACCUCGAUUGAUCCGUUCCACCAGCACUCUUGUUGCAUGUUUACUCUAUAAGUUUAAUUUUAAUAUAAAUGUGUCCCCCCCCAUUAUGAGUUAAUCAAGUUCAGUUUG